AGGAAUACCUAGGAAAGGCUCAUCUAAGGCACGUACCUUCUCUCUGCCUGGCUUUCUCACCUGUCCUUGCCAAACCUGGCCUUUCUAUAAGGAAUAAUUAGAUAACAUCUUCAGAACGUUUUGAGCUACAAGAAGGGAGGACGUUGUGCACACACAUACAGGCACGGUUAUUUUCGCAGGAUUCUGUUUCCUCUCUUUUCUUUGAAUCCAUCUCCUGGUAACAGCUGUCUGGCUCUCUAAAGCCAGCAACAGCUGCAAUAAUGAGCCCACCAUUUGAGCCAGGGAUGACACAGGCUCAGCUCUGAGGUGCAGCUGUUCUUUAAAGCUUGGUGUCUCGACCCUCCCCCUGGUCUGGAGAACAAAGAGGGCCAUUCAUUAACCCCCCCACAUUUCCAGUUUUCACAUGGGGAGAUCCCCUAUUCCUUUUACCAGUGGUGCAGUCUCGUCAUUCUGCCACUUAUGCGUAGUUUUACCAUAAGAACUCUCGAGAUGCCUCUCUGAACUUUAGUUUCCAAUUCCAGUGGAGAUGACACCAUUAUCCAUAUCUUGAGCGGGUUAUGAAGUUCCCAAGAUGUAAUAGGUAUGAAAACCUUCUACAAACUAUAAGGCACUGCUCCCAUAGUAGUUUUUAUUAAGGUCCUUGUUCCUGAGUUUAACAAGUGAAAAAAAAAUUACUGAACAAUUUAGGACAGUGAAAUAAACUGUCUAAAUUGGACUGUCCACAUAAGUGGUCACAGGAGUGAGGAGGCACAGAGGGUUUCUGGAGAAGACACUUGGCUGGACUUAGGGACUGGUAGAACCUGAAGGGUUAAGGGAGAGGAAGGGACAUUUGGGGGAGGGACAUAGCCCAGGUAAAAGGCAAGAAAAAAAAAAUGUGUUCAAGGGACAGUGCAGAGCCUUCCUGGAAUGGGGCAGAGAAUGGGCACAUAAAGUUGAAGGGUCGUGAUGGGUCGGACCGGGGGUACCCUUACAUGACAGGCAGGGAUGUUGUCAGGAGAGGUUUGAGUGGCAUGGAAAAGUCAAGCAGUGAUCGAGAUCAUCCUGCUCCCUGAGUCCUGUGGCUUAUCCCUAUUUAACAGUCAGGACAAAGGGGCCCGUACGGGACAUGCUCUUGGCUUCCAGGGGCCAGGCUCAGUAGCUUUUGGACCCUGCAGGUCUUCAUCUGUCCAAGCCAGCGGCUCCCCACUUCUCUGCUUAUUCAAAAAAGAGAUUAUCCAACUCCAGCCUAGACUUACCAAAUCAGAAUUCUGGGAGAGGGGCCCAGGAAUCCUUCUGAAAAUAAGCUUUCCUCUCUCCCCAGGUGUUCUUGUCCUCGUGGAAUUGUGGGAAUGCUGUGCAUGUGACCUUGAUGACUCCCUGUGCCAGGAGCCUCAUCCACAGGCAGGCUUCCUAUGCUGAUGAAGGAGGUGACUGCUCAUCUACAGAGGGCUGGGUAGAGUCACCCAGUGCUCUGUGCCCCACCCAACUGUGACUGAGAAGACUGGCACUUUCUUCAGGAACAACUUUCUCUCUUUCAUAUUUCUUGUUGCCCUACCCUGAACCUCCUUCCCAUUUCUUUCUCCCCCAUGCAAGCUAAAUGCAGAGCUCUAUCAAGGACUUAAUAAUCCUCAUGUCCUAUUUAUCAAUGUCCUGUUCUCUUUACAAGAGUAUUCCCCCCAAUCACCUUCCUUUCUCCCCUCCCUCCCUCCCUCCCUCCCUCCCUUCCUUCCAUCUUCCCUUAUUUCCUAUCUUUGUCUUUUCUUUAUUUUCAAAUAAAUGUAAUACCCAGAUGCUUUGAUUCAACUUGGGGGCAACUGUGAUUUUUGAGUCUUUUUCCUCUAUUCAUGGACCUACUCAGGUCAGCUUUGCCUAGUCACUGCUUCUAAAAUUUUAAAUUAUUAUCUUUUUGAAAUUUAGAAAAUAUUGACAACUAUAAAGAGUAAGAGCAGCUACCAAUGACUGAAUGCUUACUAUGUCUGAAGACAGUUAUCGAGAAAUUUCUUUACGUGUAUGAAUCUUCACAAAAAUCCUGUCAGGCUGAUAAAAACAGGGAACUCCUUGGAGGACCGCCUCAGUGCAAAUUGCUUUCAACUUUUUUGACACGGCAGGAAGUUCCAGGGUCUGGACAGGCCGGAGGCUGGCAUGGUCAGUGGGGUCCUGUGGCUGAGGCUGAGGGACUGUGGAGUAUACAAAGGUCGGGGAGUAGACCCUAAGGGCCAAAGACAGCUAUUGACACCUGGCUGCACUGAGUGUCUGUGUGAUGAGCUCAGGGUUGGAGGCAGUGAGGACAGGAUGCGGCUGCAUUACUGCAGAGGAUUCUGGGCGUGUCAACCGCAGAGGUGUUGGGUGAGGCUGUGGCCUUUAAGGAGAGGCUGUUUCCAUUGACCUUGGGCGAGCGCCUUAGCUUCUGAGUUUCAUUUCCUCUCUUGUAAGGUGAAGACGAGGCCUACCAUACCAAAUUAUAUGGAGGAUGACAUGAGAUCCUGUAUACAAGGCUCUCAUUUCUGGCACCUAGCACAGAGGAAGUGCUGCCUUUUUGUUUAGAGCCGUUUUAGCUGGAAGAUGCUAAUUAUCAAUGAGGAGAAAGUGACACCUGAGGAGUUCAUCUUCCAUCUUGGUCCUCGCCCGUCUCCUUUGAACUCCCUCUCCGGCCUCUUUCCCACUUCAUCACUCGUCCCCCAGCAUCAUAAAAGCCAGCUCUGCCCAGGCGGCACAGAACCUUCUUUCUCACUUGCCAGGGAGCCCUUCUCUCUGCAGCUGUCUCGCAGGCAUGGACAACCUGAGGGAGACCUUCCUGGGCCUGGAGGAUGGCUUGGGCCCCUCCGGCAGCCCCGGCCUGCUGUCCGCCUGGGACUGGAAAAGCAGGGCAGGGCCCUUCGAGCUGAGCCAGGCCUCUCCCACUCAGAGCCUCUCCCCAGCCCCCUCGCUGGAGUCUUACACCUCUUCUCCCUGUCCGGCUGCGGCUGGGCUGCCCUGUGGGCAUGGGGGUGCCAGCAACGAGAGCAGCGAUGGCUGCAGCGGCCGUGACCCUGGUGGCCUGGUAGAGGUGGACUACAACAUGUUAGCUUUCCAGUCCACCUACCUGCAGGGCGCGGGGGGCCCCAAGGCCCAGAAGGGCACCAAAGUCAGGAUGUCUGUGCAGCGGAGACGGAAGGCCAGCGAGAGGGAGAAGCUCCGGAUGAGGACCUUGGCCGACGCCCUGCACACCCUCCGGAACUACCUGCCACCCGUCUACAGCCAGAGGGGCCAGCCGCUCACCAAGAUCCAGACGCUGAAGUACACCAUCAAGUACAUCGGGGAGCUCACGGACCUGCUCAACAGCGGGAGGGAGCCUCGGCCCCAGAGCGCCUGAGCACCCCCUGGGCUCCCUGGACCAGCAGCACACGGUCAUGUUUGCAUGGUCAGCGUGUGGCCUUGUUGACAGGAGAGUUUUAGGGGAAUUCCCCCUGGACUUGGUGGAACUGCCGGAGAAGCAGGUACUUUGCUUCCAGCUGCCCCACGAUUUCUCAGGAGUCUUGCCCUUUGCAAAGACACGGAUUCUUUUGCCUUUCUCUGUCUGUUCAAGUUACUUUCAAGGUUCAAUGAUUUUAAAUGCAGUUUUUUAAAGUAAUGUGAAAUUAUUACAAUUCAUCUUCUCUUGUCAUAUUGGCGUUGGGAGCUUUCUUUCCGUGGCCAAUGAAACCUGUAUUUUGUACAGGACCCAGUGUGACACCUGGAUUCUUGUUUAGAAAGUUCGGUGUCAAGUAAAGGGCAUAGUGUGCCUGUGACUGUCUGUGUGUGUGUGUGUGUGUGUGUGUGUGUGUGUGUGUGUGUGUGUGUGACAGAAACCCUGCCUUUACCUGCACAGGGACCCAAAAUCCCUUAAAUGCAGCAGCAAUGAGUGUCAUGGUAAACAGACAGUCACAGGCAGACAGGCUGUGUUAAGACAGAGUGACAAGCCUAGAGGUCAGCGUCCUGUCUUAAGGGAAGGAAAAGA